AUGUGGUCUCAGAUUUUGCGAUUCAACCUGCCAUCGGAUGACACAAUCUCGGUCGGCACCUUUGAUGACUUGCGCGAGGCAGUAGCGCAAGCCGGCGCUCUGAGCCAGUACUUUGGCUAUUCGAUCUCGAUGCGGCACAAGCCCGUGCCCAAACAGAGACACGAGAUCAGCUGGUUGAUUCAAUGGCCACAGGGACCCAACUGGGACGCGCCUCUGUGUGCUCGGUUCUACGAGCUCGUCGACGGCGAGCAAGUCGCCGACGUCACCGUCGAGAUGAACGGCAGCAACUACGAAGAUUUACUUUCGGGACUAGAUGCUCCCGUUUGUGAAGUGGUCGUUUUACGCUUCAAAAACGGCACGCCGGUCUUGCGCGACAAUGUUCGCGAAUCGGUGCACAAGUCGUACACCGACUGCUUCGACAUGCUGGGCUUUGUCGGCGGUGACUGGGGCUUUGCGAUGAACACGACGCUGGUCCAAGGCGAAAAGCUCAGGCCUCGGUCGUCGAAUGCCCGUCUGGCGCAAAAGGACAGGCUGCUCUCAGUCUACCUUCUCGGAUGGGAGAGCAUCGAGCUGCACGAGGACGCUACCAAGACGGCGCUGUUCGCCGAGGAGCUCGGCAAACUUGGCCCCCACGUCGACAGCAGCAGUGGUGCAUGGUAUGUCACUCUUCGAAAGCACGAAUAA